AUGGAUGACAGGGUGAGUGUUGACGACCUUUAUUGGGUCACUGACAUUCUCUUAGAGAAGGACCAACAUCAUCUUAAUGCUACCCCCACAAUUGAAGAAGUGAAAGCAAUUGUCUUUGAUAUGUGCCCAGAUAGUACGGCUGGCCCUGACGGAUUCUCGUUCUAUGAUAGUUUGCUAUGUAAUCUUGCAGUCACCACAACAAACCAAGCAAUUACAGCACUGAAUCUCCUGCGAGAAAGCAAAGACAAGUUUGAUUUGGUUAUCAGUGAUGUGGAUAUGCCCGACAUGGACGGCAUUACGCUCCUUGAGCAUGUGGGGCUUGAAAUGGACAUUCCGGUCAUAUUGUUGUCAUCGUAUGAUGAUAAAGAACUUGUAAUGAAGGGGAUCACUCAUGGAGCUUGUGAUUAUUUGUUAAAACCUGUCCGGAUUCAGGAGCUAAAAGUCAUCUGGCAACAUGUAGUAAGAAGAAAGAAGCUGGAUUUCAAAGCAUGGAGAACUUCUGACAAUGCUCACCUUAAAUCUGGUGAAUUACAAGAAGAGUUUAAGGUGACAAAGAACGUUGAUCACAAUGUAAAAUCUAAUAAGAGAAGGAAAGAUCAAACCAAUGACAAAGAGAAAGGCCAAGGAUGUGAGGAUUUACCAACCAAGAAAAAGCGCCGUGUUGUUUGGUUACCAGACAUUCAUCACAAAUUUGUUGCAGCAGUCAACAAACUGGGAAUUGACAAGGCUGUACCUAAAAAGAUCCUGGAGUUAAUGAACGAUGAAAGGCUUACACGAGAAAAUGUGGCCAGCCACCUCCAGAUCAUAUCCAGCCACCAGGGUGCCAAGUACGCUGAACACUCCGCCCGGUCCAAGUUCGGCUGA